AUGGCUGCCUCUAAGCUCAUAGCCACUGCCUUGAUCGUUUUGCUUGCCUUGGACCUCGCAUUUGCGGCUCGAGUAGUGCCCGAUGGGCUCUUCGGCAGAGGCGGAGGGCGGGGUGUUGGCGGAGGUGGAGGAAGGGUUCUUGGACGAGGUUCCGGAUACGGUUCUGGUUAUGGUUCUGGCGAGGGUGAGGGAUAUGGUGGGAUUGAAGGAGGAGGUGGCGGCGGCGGCAGAGGAGGGGGUGGAGGAGGAGGUGGUGGCUCUGGGGGUUCCGGCUAUGGCUCGGGAUACGGGUCUGGGUACGGUCUGGUGGCGGAAAAGGUGGCGGCGGAGGUGGCGGCAGAGGUGGAGGCGGAGGUGGCGGGGGUGGUUCAGGGGGUUCUGGUUAUGGCUCUGGCUAUGGCUAUGGUGAAGGAGGUGGCUACGGAGAAGGGGGCGGGGGCAGAGGCGGUGGCGGGGGGGUGGCGGUGGUGGGGGUGGAGAGAGGAGGAGGAGGGGGGGCAGGUAUGGAGGUUCCGGCAACGGCAGUGGAUCUGGGUAUGGUUCGGCCACGGUGGUGGCUACGGUGGUGGGGGUGACUAA